CAGACGAUGUAUGCGCCUCCUCCGCCACCUAUGAACCCUCCUUCUCAACCGCCAACAAUUGUUCCACCUCAUCCACCUGUGAACGCUCCUCCUCAGCUACCCCCCAAUCCCUCCCGCUCAAUGUCCGCAUCUCGACAGAACCAGCAAAUGUCACCACCGGGCUCGACUGAACAGCUACCCACCAGUUCGAGUCAGCCGAUGUCCCAUAUCGGGAUACCUCACCCGACCUCCUGGAAUAUGCCCUCUCAUCCUGGUACUAUGAUGCCGCAUACGGGGAAUGCAAUGCCAUACCCCAACAAUGUUUCCCAGCCACCACGUCUGUCUCCUGCUACGGACCCGCCGCAUUAUAUGCACCAGAUACCAGGAGCACCUUCGUCCUCUUCCC